ACGGAGCGACGUGAAAACAACCGUUCCUUUAAAGCUCGUCUAAAAACAGACAUCUCUAACCGAUUAUCGCUAUUUAGUUGAUUUUACUUUGAAACCGGAUACAGGUUGCUGCGCGGUCGGCUGCACAAACAGACGAGGAUGCAAACCAACCUUGUUCUUUUAUAACUUUUAAUGAGAAAAGAUGGCGGCGUCGGACAGCAGCGUCAUAAUAACCGUCAGCCCUCCACGUAACCGCGCAUUAGCAGCGAACUGUUUUUACGAGGGAAGAAAAUUAACGUUCAUAUACUUAAUAAAUGGCCUCGGCAACAGCGACCUACGGACAGAAAGAGUCUUCGGACCAGAACUUUGACUACAUGUUCAAGAUCCUCAUCAUUGGCAACAGCAGCGUGGGAAAAACCUCCUUCCUGUUCCGCUACGCCGACGACUCGUUCACGCCGGCGUUCGUCAGCACAGUGGGGAUCGACUUCAAGGUGAAGACCAUCUACAGGAACGACAAGCGGAUCAAACUACAGAUCUGGGACACGGCGGGUCAGGAGCGCUACCGCACCAUCACCACGGCGUACUACCGAGGAGCCAUGGGCUUCAUCCUCAUGUAUGACAUCACCAACGAGGAGUCCUUCAACGCCGUCCAGGACUGGUCGACUCAGAUUAAGACGUACUCGUGGGACAACGCCCAGGUGCUGCUGGUAGGAAACAAAUGUGACAUGGAGGAUGAGAGGGUGGUGAACGCAGAGAGAGGCCGGCAGCUCUCAGAACAUCUUGGUUUUGAGUUCUUCGAGGCCAGCGCCAAGGACAACAUCAACGUGAAGCAGACCUUUGAACGCCUCGUCGACAUCAUCUGUGAAAAGAUGUCUGAGAGUCUGGAUGCCGGCGAUCCCGCCGUCACGGGGGCCAAGCAGGGGCCCCAGCUGACAGAGCAGUCUGCCCCUCCCCACCAGGACUGUGCAUGUUAAAGCUGACUCAGCAACUCUUCCUGCUGUCAUUUCCCCUCCGCUCCUUAGAUCCUUACUUCAGCAUCCUGUUCGCUCCUCUUCCUGCUCCUUUUUGUUGGCUGAUGAUCACAAGAGAAGGGCUGGAAAGAGUCUGGGCCGCUGCUGCAGGUGGUGUCCCCACAUUUUACUGAACGUGUUUCCGUUGAGUUCCUCCACAUUCGGGAGACGUUAAGGUGUUUUUAAUCCGCACAGGUGUUGAUCUGAUGCCAAAGCAAGCCCAGUAAAACCAGAGCGUCUCAGACUCUUUGCAGCUCAGGCUCUUGCCGGUUUCCCCUGAUCCUCGGUUUGGUUUUAAAAGAAGGAUUUGACGGCGAUCAUCCUCAGAGUGCCAUUUAAAUCCUUCCAGAGUUUACAGUUUCAUGUCUCGAAGUAAGAGAUGAAAGCCUUGGAUUUGGUGACCAAGACUGUGGAGUUUCACAGGUGUUUUCAAUCCAUCUGAGAAAUAAUCAAAACCCUUGUGUUGCAUUUCUACGACGGAGUAUUAGGGUCACCCUAAGAAAACAAAAAAUACAUAAUCACAAGAAUAAACCUGUGAAAUUGUGAGGAUAAAGUCAAAAUAAUACAUAAUAUUAUGACUUUAAUCUCAUAAUGAUUUAUUCUCUUAAUAUGACUUUUAUCUCAAAAUAUUAGGACUUUAUUCUUCUAUUAUUUCAAUUUUAUUCAUGUAAUAUGAUUUUAUUCUGAUAUGAGUUUGAAUUUUCAUAAUGUUAGGAAUUUAUUUGUAUUAUUUUGACUUUAUUCUUGUAUCACUUUACUCUCAAAAUUUGACUUUAUUCUUGUAUUAUUUCAACUUUAUUCUCGCAAUUUUAUUUUUUCAUUCGUUUCUUAUUAUUGCCCUGCUACUCCGCCGAACAUUUCAGAUCCAAAAUAUACACUUAAUUUUGUAUUUUUACCUACUUACACUUGAAAACUGCAGGAAUUAAACCAACAUGACCAUUUCCUCAGCUCUUCUGAGCAUCUUUCAUCACCGUUUUUUACUCUAAUUCCUUCUGCAAAUUUUUAUUUUAUAUUUUCCAGCCUUGUUCUUUUCAUAACCUAAACCAGAGAGAGUAAAAAAGACAGACAGGCUAUUGCAAGGUGAAAAAGAGAAAAAAAAAGUAUAUAAAUGGAUAGAAUUUUUUUAAUUUAAUUAUAUUUAUUUCAGAUGUACAUAUAAAUGUUGUGCAAUAUAUACAUAUACAUAUAAUAUCUACAGGUAUGCACUUCUGCAAAAAGAUUAUAAAAAGUGUGAUGUACUGCGAGGAUAGUGCUGGAUAAAAAAAAGGUGUUUUGUUGUAGGAUUUGUUUCUCGUUUCCCCGCUUGUGGCUCCUUUCAGGAACGAUUCAGUUUCAUUCAGUCGAAGAAGAAUCACUUCAGGAUGGAAAACUGCAUACAGUUUCACAAAAACCUGAUUGAAAUUCUGAUUAUAAAGUUGCUCUAAGCACUUUAUCGAUGUUGAUGGUCGACUUUCAGGAUAAAUGCAACUCUCAUCCUGAACUAAGACUUUGUGUUUUUGAGCUGGAAAUUAACCAUAAAUAAAGUAACUCUAAGCUCAAAGUCGGAUGAUUUAUCACUAAGAUUGUAAGAAUGGUGAAAAAUUUUACUGUUCGUCGUUACCCUUAGUAAUUAUGUGUAAAAAUAGCUGCCUUUAAAUGGGUUUAAAGCUCUCAGACGCAUUUGGAGUAGAUUUUGAAAGUAAUGUUUUUAUGUUAUUCUGCUUUUCUCUCGUUGCUGACUGGCUGUCUUCAGUGAGGAACCAGAAGGAGAGAUUACUGCUGACUCAGUUUGUUGUUACCACAGGGUAUAUAUUUGUGAAAUUUCAUUUUGAGAUAUUAGUUCUUGACAGGUGGAACGCGACAGCAUGCAGGUUCUGCUUCGAAAAUACUGAAGUUACAACUUUGCAUUUCCUCUCCAGAGACCAAACUUUAAAAAAAUGACAGUUAUUUUUGUUUAAAUGUUUCUUUUCUGAUGUAUAAGUUUUUAGAUUGCAUCUAAAAACUAGACUUUGAUAGGGUAUGCAAUGCUCUCUACAAUCAUUGGCAUGCCUGGUAAAAAAAAAAAAGCAUUGCAAUGAAAUAUUGUUUCAGGACUUUGGAUUAGUUUUUGUUCCACUACAUGCAGCCAAAUUGAACCCAGGAGCCAUUUUCUUGUAGUAAUUUCCUUACUUGCAGCAUAAAGAUAAACACACACAUGGUUUACAUUCACUGCAAAAACACAAAAGUAGUUUUUGUCUAUUUUAAUUGUCUGAUUUAGAACUAAAAAUAAUUUUCAAGUACAUUGUUAGCAAGAUAUAGAAGCUUAUUUUAAGAAAAUAUUUCCUUAGUAUGAAUUUUUAAGCAGUGCUGCUUCCACAGGGAGAUUAUUUUAUUUAUAAUCAGGGAAAUGUCUUGCUAUGAAUGAAAUAAUCUGCCAGUGGAACUAAUCCUAUCUUACCAGUUUUAAGCAUUUUUAUGACAUAAAUCAAACUCCUGUAUUUUGCUGAAAAGUUACUUGUAAAUUAGUUUUGUUUUAUUUCAAGUGUACUAAGAUAUUUACAUUAGAAAAUGGGCAAAAAAAAAUACUUGGUAAGAUUUUGAGUUUUUGUAGUGUUUGUUACAUAUGUUGCUUUCACUGAUUAGCAAAUAUGAUGAGAUUUUUAAAUUUGAACUGUGAAGUUUGAUCAAAUGCAAAAAUGGUUAAUUUGUCAAUCACAAAAUCAUGGAUUAUUUAGUUUGAUUAUGAUGAUCAAACUAAACCAGAAAAUUGCAAAACGGUUAUGUUGUAAUUCAUAAAGUAAUUGUGAAAAAAUUGUGACGGAGGUUGAACUUCAGCAGUCGGGGCAGGUUUCAAACCUUCAUCCUGAACUGAUUCAGUUCAAGCAUUUAGCGACUCGUUUUCAAGCAGCACGGCUUGAUCAUCUGCUGCAACUCAGAUGAUCCUUUUCCACAGUGACAAACAGCAUUUCUGCUGAAACUUUGUCAGAGUUUGCUUUGCAGAGCAGCUCGACUUGUCUGUUGCAGGCUGCCGUGUAAAUGCUGGUUUAGUUUUGUUUGAGAAGAUCUCAGUUCCUGCUGGUUGAACGCUGGGAAGCUUUUGAGAGCUGGAGGAAGGGCAGGCGAAAAAAAAAAGAAAAUCACCUGUUCGAAAAGUCAACACAGCCGCACUUUUAUGGGGACGUCCUUCCUCAGAACAUAUUUACUCUUGUUUUACUGCAUUUUCCAAAGCUGAAACUGGUUUCCCUCCUUUAAUGGAGCACUGUAGAUGUGGCUUGUUUUUGCUCCACCAAGCUGGACGAAGAUUGAUAGACGUGUUUAAUGAGGAAAGAAAACAAAAGAUGACUUAAGAAAAAUCUGUAAUAUUAAAAUGAACGUAGUGUUUUAAUUUUUUCUUUAAGUGCUUCUAAAAUGACAAUGAAUCCCCAGCCAGAGUUCAGUGAUUUUUCUCCCUGUGAAUAUUUCACUUCUUACUGGUUGUGACUGUUUUGAGAUAAACUGUUCUCCUUUCUAAUACGUCUUCCUCUCCGUCUAAACCUGUAAAUACUGUACCUCUCAGUCAUACGUGUGGAUUGUGUUGUCUCGACUCAGGCUUGCAUCCAAACAACAACAACAAAAGAAAAAGACCUGAAAACCCCGAAAAGAGCCAUGUUGCACUGUAUCUGCAUACAUUUCUAGGCCUACUUGUGAAUGAAUGUGUCACUCAGCUAUGAAGCAAUACACUCUGCAGCAGAAAAACACAAAGCGCCAUCCAGCUUGGUAGAGGUUCUUCUACUAGCACGCAGGAACGUGUUUGUUUUUCUUUUUGGUCUUGUAUCACUGCCUCUUCAGAUCCUUUCAGUUUGGGCCAUUAAAGUGAGAGAAUAUGCUGUGGAUGUUUUUAUCUGUACUUUGUGGUAAAACAAUAAAAAUAAAUGACUAAAAAAAGCA